AUGAAUCAUGAGGAGAAGGAAAAUACCAACUACCGAAAAAAUGACAAGAAUAAUGCUGAAAAAAUGGAACAAAGAACGAAAGAAAAGAAAUCGAAGCCAAAAAUUCUCGAUGGUGUAGUGACUGACGAGAAGACACCAGACAGUCUGUGGACAACGACGAUCUCGAGGGGCGUCGCAAACGAUUGGAAGGAGAAAGCUGCCGGAGGUCCUUUCUACAAGAUAAAACACUAUACUCAUACGCACGGGUUCUUGAGAUUCCGAUUCUUCAUUGACAAAAAAAUGAUAGGAAUCAGUGCAUUAAAUGACCCCGCUAGAAGAGAGAAUACGAGGAAUAGCCUUCGCAAGUAUCCUGUUCCGGGAACUGUAAACGGCCUUGUUCCGCAGCGUCAAGUUGUGAAUAGCGAGUGUACAACAUUUAUUGGUGUAACCGAAACAUACAGUUUGUACUGCGCCUAUAAGUACUGUAAAUGA